AUGGGUUCUUCGGUCCACAGCAUAAAGUUCGUUACUUUACUCACUCUGGUGCUCAUCGCCGCCUUCUUCUCCCCUAGUCCAACAGUUUCCCAAGUCGUGGAAGAUGACGUCAGGUGCCUGGAAGGUUUGAGGAGUUCGCUGCAGGACCCAGAAGCGAAAUUGAGCUCCUGGAACUUCAGCAACAGGACGGGGAACUACAUAUGCAAGUUCGUCGGGGUUUCCUGCUGGAACGAUCGGGAGAGCAGGAUCAUAAACCUAGAAUUGAGGGACAUGAGUCUCGCCGGUCCAGUCCCGGAUUCGUUGGCCUACUGUGGCAGCAUCACGGUGCUGGAUCUCUCCAACAACGCUCUCUCUGGUACGAUUCCUCCCCAGAUAUGCAAUUGGUUGCCCUACCUAGUGACGCUCGAUUUGUCGAACAAUGAUCUCACUGGUUCGAUCCCACCUGACCUUUCGCGGUGUAGUUACUUGAACAGCUUGAUUCUGUCGAAUAAUAAGCUCUCUGGUUCAAUCCCUUAUGGGUUCAAUAGCUUGUCUAGGUUGAAGAAGUUCUCUGUGCAGAACAAUGGGCUCACUGGUAGGGUUCCUGAUUUCUUCAGUGGGUUUGAUUCUGCUGAUUUUGAGGGGAAUGAUGGGCUCUGUGGGAAGCCGUUGGGGAAGUGUGGUGGAUUGAGCAAGAAGAGUCUUGCUAUUAUAAUUGCUGCUGGUGUGUUUGGUGCUGCUGCUUCAUUGCUCUUGGCAUUUGGGGUAUGGUGGUGGUUCCAUUUGAGGUAUGGGAGGAAGAAGGGAUUAGGUUAUGGAGCUGGAAGAGGUGAUGUUGCUGCUGAUGAUUUAGCUAGUUGGGCCGACAAGUUGAGAGCUUACAAGCUAGUUCAAGUCUCGUUGUUCCAGAAGCCUCUUGUGAAGCUCAAGCUAGCUGAUCUGAUGGCUGCAACCAACAAUUUCAACCCUGAAAACAUCGUGAUCUCAACUCGAACUGGGACUACUUAUAAGGCUGUUCUUCCCGAUGGAUCUUCCCUUGCUGUGAAACGUCUGACCCCUACUAAGCUCGGGGAGAAGCAGUUUAGGAAUGAGAUGAAUCUGUUAGGUCAAGUUAGGCACCCAAAUUUGGCUCCACUUCUGGGGUUUUGUAUAGUGGAGGAAGAGAAGCUGUUGGUAUAUAAGUACAUGUCGAACGGAACAUUGUAUAAUCUACUGCAUUGUAGUCCUGGGCCGGGUUUGGACUGGCCAACCAGGUUCAGAAUCGGGUUGGGUGCCGCUCGGGGUCUGGCCUGGCUUCACCAUGGCUGCAAGCCACCGCUCUUGCACCAGAAUGUGUGCUCAAACGUUAUCAUGGUUGAUGAGGAUUUCGAUGCUAGGAUAAUGGACUGUGGACUUGCCAAGCUCAUGAUGACCUCAGACUCCAAUGUCGACGAGAGCAGUUAUGUGAAUGGGGACCUGGGUGAGGUUGGAUAUGUUGCACCAGAGUAUGCAAACACGAUGGUUGCAUCGCUGAAAGGGGAUGUGUAUGGGUUUGGAGUUGUGAUUAUGGAGCUGGUGACAGGGCAGAAGGCUAUCGGUGGCGGAGAAGAAGGGUUUAAAGGUAACUUGGUGGAAUGGGUGAAUGGGAUUUGUGGCUCGGGGAGGAGUAACAAGGAUGCCAUUGACGGAGAGAUCCGUGGGAAGGGACAUGAUGAGGAUAUUCUGGAGGUGCUCAAGGUUGCUUGUGACUGCGUUGUGGCUCGGCCUAAAGAUAGGCCUUCGAUGUACCGAGUUUAUCAGUCGUUGAAGAUGAUUGGCAAUGAUUUCGAUUUCGAGGAGCAGGACGAAGAAUUCCCAUUGAUUUUUGGUGAACAAGUGUAG